GUUGACUUUCCUCCAUGUCGACAUCAUCGUCGUCUUCGGGCGUUUCCUCUCGCCGUCUGCUUGCUCUGGGGGCCAUUUUUGGAUCGUAAGGUAAAGCAAGAGGUAGGGCUGAUAGACGCGUUGGACACGCGCCUCGGCCUUCACCCCGCUAAAGCGAGCGGCAGUACUAGUAAGAAGUGCGAAUGAUCCUUGGCGACGACAUCAUUUACUGCUGGCCAAGCUUCUCACGCCAUAGCAUCACGACCGGCAUUACCUCAAUUGUUUACAUCGGCACCAGACUGUCCUAAUUGAUGCGCCCACCAUGAUGCCUAUCCGACUUGCCGCGCGACGGCCAAUCUUCCGCUGCCUCAAUAAGCCUCUGGCGCCUCUGCGCUCCAACCCACAACUGCGACACAGCACCCGCAAUGCUAGAUCCGAUUUCGAAGCCAUACUCAAGCAAGCUGCGAAGCCCAAAGGACCGCAUCUAGAUGAAGACUUUGUCUCGGUUCACCGUGCAGAAGCGAUUCGUCGCGCCGCAGCCAUUCGAAGGCGGAACUGGCUGGCGCUGGGUGCAGCUUUGUCGAUGAUUGCCCCGAUCAUCUUGGUGAGACUGUGGGAGCUACCCCCACCGGAGGAGGAGAAGAAUGAGAAGGAGGGUCGAGGGAUAGUAGAAAGGAUCAUGGGACCGCCUACAAAGACAGACGCACCACGGAAGGCAGCAGACGAGUUUCAGGGCAAGAAGGUCGUCAUUGCUGCAGGAGACAAGGUCAUCGCUGCACCAGCUUCCUCCGAGAACCCACAGGCAUCAGAUCCAGAUGCUGUCGAGCUGGUAGAAACAGGGACAUCAUACGUACCUUACUUCCCGCGAACCAUCCGCUUACCCACCGACACCAGCGGCCCAGAACAGAUCAGCAGCGACGCAGAAUACACAUUGCUCGGCCUCGGCAUCCGAAAAGUGUCCUUCCUCAGGGUUCAGGUCUACGUCGUAGGCCUCUAUGUCAAGACGGCUGACCUAUCCACCCUCCAAAACCACCUCAUCAACACCGUGAAUCCCACCGCAUCAGCUCUCAUUCCCAACGAGAAAGAAGACCUCCGCCAGUCACUCUUCGAUGCCGAAAAGAGCAACCAGAUCUGGGAAUCUAUCUUAAGCAAAGACGGCGUGGAGGCUGUAGACAUGGCUUUCCGUGUCGUGCCCUGCCGCGGCACCGACUUUAAGCAUCUCCAGGAUGGAUGGAUGCGUGGUAUUGCAUCGCGUACCGAUGAAGUUCGAAGAAAACAGGCAGACUUGCUAAGGCAGCAGGCCGCCGAGAGCAAGUCAAUUGCGCUCCCGAAGCCAGUUGAAGAAAACGAGUUCUCGGAUGAAUCUUUUGGACUGGCGAUGAAAGAGUUCAAGAACCUCUUCCAGGGCAAGGGGAAGGCGCCAAAAGGCAGUGUGAUCAUUUUGACCCGAAAUAAGAGCGGGACUUUGGGCGCUCUAUAUCAGCCCAUCGUGCAGAAAGAGGGCAAAGCGAAGAUGGGCAAGUCAAACUGGCUGGGUGAAGUCAAAGAUGGGCGGGUGGGGCGAUUGGUGUGGUUGCUGUACCUUGGCGGCCAGAACGUCAGCUCUGAGGAUGCGAGGAAGAGCAUCGUCGAGGGUUGCAUCAGUAUCGUCGAGCGGCCUGUUGGUACUGUAGAAGGCAUGGUGCAAUAGCAUGGCGACUACGGAGACGGAGAAAAAGUUUUGGUGGCUUGUAUCAUACACUAGUGCCUGUACAAAAGACAGUCCUCGAAGUUUGCUGACUCUGCUCAUACUUCUAUAAUAUCGAUCUAAAUAUCUCCUGCCUUCUGUUCAAGCAUGAGUUCCUUCAGUAUCUUGUAUGUACCAGUAAACCCUAGUAUAACGCCUGUUCGUAUUCCCGCUCGGUUAUGGCCUACAAAGUGUAUUGGUUACGGAGUGACAUGUUACUAUACCUAGUUCGCUCAGGUUGCUGGUAACGAUCGCAGUGCCUUACGACCUACGCAAAAGAGUAGACAAAACAUGGUUGUAGCGAUGUGAAAAUUAGUAGUUAGGGUAGCUAAGGUUCGGUUAUAUAUACUCGAAGCCACUUUCAAUCCUGGAC